AUGCUUCCGAGCAAGACGACAGUGAGCGCUGCAACAGUCGCCUUGAAGUUGGAGCAGGAGCAGACGAAAGCACUGGACGAUAUUCUCAGCGCAACAAGCUUUCUGCGUUCGACUCCCCUCGCAUCCACCACCCUUGUGGCCCCCACCCUUGUGGCCCAGGUUGAUCGAGAAGCAUGGGAUCACAUCUUGGUGAACCUAAUUCGCAUACCCCACGAUAGCCUCUCCGCGACCCUUCGUGCAGUAGCGUCCGAGAUCGAGCUAGCACUGGGGAUGGGGGCUCUACAUGUCCCGGAGCUACCCACACACUCGUCUCCUGUCAAGCUUCACACAGCUGACCAGAUGAGCCGCCAUAAUAAGUUCAACCUCUUCUUGGAUGACUUCCCCGCCGGCCGUGUCGCGGAAAAGGACUAUAGCCUUCUCGCGGCCAAGCUCCUCGAGAACCCCGACUUCCCGGUCGUCCCGCCAUGGCACGAAGAGUUCUAUCUUCUGAGGCCUUGGUUCAACGUCGCGCUCGAACUUUCGGAAGACUACCCCUACAGCGAUAUCUUUGCGCAUGAGAUACUCCUGAGGAAAGUCUUCCCUGUUGUCAACAAGCACAAAGGAGCACCACCCGCGAAGAGGCUUCGCGCUGCUAUUCACGUCGCGAGCCGCGACGCGCCCCCAGAGGCCGAGAAGAUGAUGCAAGCUGAAUUAAACGCAGCUGCGCUUCUGGAACCUGGUCGCCUGCUGCAGGUCAAGAUCGAAGAUCUAGUUCCUGACGUCGCGAAGACCGAGGAAGAACACAAGGCCUUGCGCAAGAUCUCUCUGAAGGAAUUGAAUAUCCCCCGAAUCCUGGAAUCUGACGACCGCGGCGUCAUCCUUCUUCUACAGGCCAAGAUGCGCGCCAUCUUGCGAAACAGCAAGCAUGUUGCCGAUGUGGAUGAUACCUGCAUCUGCGACAUCAUCAGCGAAUACAGUGAUGACGAAGGAGAGCAUCACUUCAAUGACGCUGCCGCGCUGAAGGACAUCUUUCCCCAGCGUAAGCGAGACAUCGUCCUUGGUUGGGCCUCAUCCAUUGAGACUUCAACUAUCCACGACAUUACGCUUUCCAGCGCUGAUCAGACGUACUGCGAGCCACUGGAGCCUAUCGGCGAUGCGGACGACAUGACUGAAGUAGAGGGCGAGCUCCAAAAAAUGAGCGAAAUAACAUGGGAGCUCGAAGGUUGCUCUCUCAUCUUCCCCCGCGGUCACGACGGUGAGAUCUUGCUUGGAUAUGGCUGCCAAGCAGACCAAGUGGUCUCCGAAGGCCACUUCACCAACAUGAUCAGUGCUGCCUCACCGUCAGAGUCAAGCUCGGAUGCAAGCUCAUACGAGAGCGAGGACGAGAAGGCUGCCAACCGUCGCAACUCCGACACCUCGUUGGAGAGCAAUACUGCUCGGUACGACUACCAAAAGAAGCGUGUCGUGAUGGCCUCGGUGAAGCAUCUCAACAAGCGCCGGAUCACAAAUCUCCAUAUGGCGUACGGCAUUCCGCAUGGUGCGCAAGAUCCAGACCAGCUGGGACAUAGCAUGCCUCUUGGUUUUGCGACAUGCGAUGAAGUCCCGGGCCUACUGGACCAGUUCAACGCGGACUACGAGGCGAAACGUCGCGAGCGUGAACAUCUUGGCGAGUGA